AUCUUUUCGCAGUGAAUCCUUCUUCAGCAACAGGGUCUUGGAGUUUUCUACGAAAUUUGAUUUGGGUUUUCGUUUUUUAGGUUGAAUUGGCAAAAAGGGCCCAUCUUGUGUUCGAUGAUAUUCCCCAGAGAGAAAAGGCGAAGACUUUUUUGUAUUUGGGAUUUUUGUGUUGUUUUGUGGGAGGGAAUAGAGAGAGAUGGCAGACUCAGAAAACAUUCCUAAGACUGUAAAUGAUGUGAAGCUCAUCAAUGCCGGGAAGAUACUAGACAACAAUAGGACACUGGCUGAAUCAACGCUUCCCGUUGGCGAACUUCCUGGAAUGGUCAUCACUAUGCAUGUUGUUCUUCGCCCUCCUACUUUAGACAAAAAGAGCCGUAAAUGUUUCUUUGCCUUCCUCCUAUGCUAAUAUAAAAGCAGGCUUCCUUUGAUUCUCUAGUUGCUUGUGAUUAUGGUAUUCAGAUUCCAAACUUCCAUGUUUUGCAAAUGGUUUUAUACAUAUAUUCCUAUAAAUUUUAUCUUAAAUAAAACAAUGCUUAAUUUUUUUUAAGAAUCUCAAAAUAAGAUACUUGCAUUGGAGGACAAAAAUUUAGAGGUAUCUUAUUUAAAGUUCUUAACACACAUUUAUUAUUAAAAAAUGAUUAAGCACCACAUUAGGGGUGCUAGGGAUAAUCAUGCUCUUACUACCUACAAGACUAGCAUACUGUAUCCAUCCAUAUAUAUUUGACUUUUUAAUAAGAAUAUAGGCUUCCAUAUUGUUCGGUAAUCCUAGUCUUGGGUUGCACCUAACUAAGCCUUUGCUUUCCAGCUAGAUGACUUUCUUGGUUUGUGUAAGCUUUUUAUCCUUCCUCCUUUCUUGGGGUUGGUAUUGGAGUUUAAAUUUGACUCCAUAUUAGUGUUAAUAUUGAUCUUAUGAUUCGUUAAUGACUCUUUUAUACUAAACAAUGUAAAUGGCCUACAAAUUUCUAGAUAAAAUUCACCUCUUGAUUUUUUUUCUUAUGUUUCUCUAAUCAUCAUGAAAUAUGAAGGUUCAAAUUCAAUAUCUUUAUAAUUAGCAAUGUGUGAUUCAAUUAAUCAUUGACACAUUACGCGGCUAACUAAUUCACCUUUUAAUAAAUAGAUAGGCCAUAAUCUAGACAGGUUAACAUCAAUAAUGCAUACUUGCUUACCAAAUGAGACAAAACCGAGCCUGGAAAAAAAAUCCAAUUUUCUAGCAAGACUACAUAAACUAUAAGAAAACGUUUGAAUCGGAUUGUCGGCUUAAGUCGUUAUCCAAACAACACACUACCAGAAGAAAAAUUUAACAUGUCUCUUAUAUUUUACAUUAACUGCAUGCAAACUGUCUCUCCCUACCUCUCUUCAUAUUAUUGUCCUCUCCCUUUACUCAAUCAACCUCUAUAAAUGUAAUACAAGUCAGAACGAACAGAGACCACACCAAAGAGUUUAAAGACAAAACAGGCGAUAUAUCAUAUAUAUAUCACUAAAAUGUAUUCCUUAACAAAGCUCUGUUUCAUCCCAUUGAUGUCUGCUAUAGCCAUGAAAGCUUCUCGUCUCUCCACACAAGAUCUCCACAAUUGUUACCUCUACCUAGAAAAAAACCACACUUCCCUAACCAUGUUCACCAUAUCUCUCAUUCUCGGGUGGAUACUUUACAUUAUGAACCGGCCCCAAACCGUUUACCUAGUUGACUUCAGCUGCUACCUCCCACCGUCUCAUCUCAAAGUCAGCGUCAAGAAGAUCAUGAGCCACGUGAGAGUCAUACGCGAGCAAGGCAUGUGGGCGAAGACAGGCGAGCACGAUUACUUGAUGGACUUCGUCGAGAAGAUUCUAGAACGGUCCGGUCUAGGCCAAGAGACAUACAUACCUGAAGGUCUACAUUGCUUGCCGUUAGAGCAAACGAUGGCCGGGUCACGUAAAGAGACUACGGACGUUAUACUAGGAGCGGUCGAUAAUGUUCUCCGCAACACUGGAGUUAGCCCGAGUGAUAUAGGUAUCUUAGUGGUGAACUCUAGCACUUUUAAUCCUACUCCUUCGUUAGCUACUAUUAUUGUUAACAAGUAUAAACUUAGGGAUAAUAUAAAGAGCUUGAAUCUUGGUGGGAUGGGGUGUAGUGCUGGCGUUAUAGCUAUAGAUGUCGCUAAGAGUUUGUUACAAGUUCAUAGAAACACUUAUGCUCUAGUGGUCAGCACCGAGAACAUCACUCAGAACUUGUACUUAGGUAACAACAAAUCAAUGUUGGUUACAAACUGUUUGUUCCGUGUGGGUGGGGCUGCGGUUUUGCUUUCUAACAUGUCUAAAGACCGAAAACGCGCUAAAUACAAGCUUGUUCACACGGUGAGGGUCCAUACCGGGUCAGAUGACCGGUCGUACGGAUGUGCUUUACAAGAAGAUGAUGAAGAUGGUUUAGUAGGAGUUUCCUUGUCAAAGGAUCUACCUAUGGUAGCUGCAAGAACCCUAAAGAUUAAUAUCGCAACUUUGGGUCCACUUGUUCUUCCCAUACGUGAGAAGCUUCGCUUCUUUGUAACGUUCGUUAGAAAGAAGUUUUUCAACCCCAAGAUCAAGCAUUACAUGCCAGAUUUCAAGCUAGCUUUCGAGCAUUUUUGCAUCCAUGCGGGUGGUAGAGCGCUUAUAGAUGAGCUUGAGAAGAAUCUUCAUCUAUCUCCGCUACAUGUGGAAGCCUCGAGAAUGACAUUACACAGGUUUGGUAAUACCUCGUCGAGCUCUAUUUGGUACGAGUUGGCUUACACUGAAGCUAAAGGGAGGAUGAAGAAAGGAGAUAGGAUUUGGCAGAUUGCAUUGGGGUCAGGGUUUAAAUGCAAUAGUUCUGUUUGGGUGGCUCUUCGUAACGUUAAGCCUUCUGCUAAUAAUCCUUGGGAAGAUUGUCUCCACAAAUAUCCAGUUGAGAUCGACAUAUGAUUAAGGAUAGACUGGAUGGUUAGUGAUUUUUUUCAUCGUUAUCAUUUAAAUAACCAAAAUAGAAACGUGUGGACUGGAGUUCAUCGCGUACUUAAAUGCUCUCAUUAGAAGUUUUUCUUCAUUUUCUGGUGUUGCACUGUUGCUUCGUCUCUUGAACUUAGUAUAAUGAAACAUUUUGUGUACUUAUUCUAUACAUAUAUCUCCAUUUGUCA